CUUGCCGUGUGCUUCAUUCCAGUGCGCACACAGAGAGAGGCAGAAGGUCCACGCACCCGCCAGCGCCGAUCAAUCCUCUCAGGGAAUAAACAGCAUUUCAGCAGCAGUUCCUGGAGUAUCAUUUAGACGCACGCCGUUUUUUUGUGUGGACGCUACACGCGCUGUGGUUGUGUCACCAGCGCUUCUUUCUCCUCUCGUGUUGUGACCACACCGAAAGUCCUUUUUGGGGAUCUUCCACGCGGGAUUGUUUCUCUUCUCAGUCGACUAUUUAAGGUUGGAAAUCCUGAUUGUGGAACUAUACUGCGCCAAUGGUGUGGUGCCGGACUGGACUACCUGCGCGCAGCUGACCGGCUCAGUGCGCACUGACUGGCGGGACACCAGUGGGGUCCUUGCGCCGGUUCCUCUGGAGAUCUGAAGAAGUGUCGUUUUCUCCAGUUCACAGCUCAGCUUUUGGUGUUGUGGUGAAUGGUUCCGUGGGUUUAACACCGCUGGGACUGUACGGAGUGGACUGUGGAGGGAGGAACCAGCGACGGAUCGUACUCGCCUCUGCCGUGGGUCUGUUUACAUGAGCGGGCUAUGACAAUGGAUUACGUUCUGCUCUUGUGCAGCUUCUUGCUGGCUGUGGCCUCCGCAGUUGAAGAGACACUGAUGGACACCAAGUGGGCCACGACAGAAUUAGCCUGGACUUCGCACCCUGAGACCGGGUGGGAAGAAGUGAGUGGCUAUGACGAUGCCAUGAAUCCCAUCCGGACUUACCAAGUUUGUAAUGUGCGAGAGCUCAACCAGAAUAACUGGCUACGCAGUGACUUUAUCCCGCGGAAGGAUGUGCUGCGUGUAUAUGUGGAGAUGAAGUUCACAGUGCGUGACUGCAACAGCAUCCCAAACAUCCCAGGCUCCUGCAAAGAGACCUUCAACCUCUUCUACUAUGAGUCGGACUCCGACUCAGCCACAGCAACCAGUCCGUUCUGGAUGGAAAACCCAUACGUGAAAGUGGACACCAUCGCGCCAGAUACGAGCUUUUCCAAGCUCGAUUCCGGACUUGUUAACACUAAAGUCAGGAGUUUCGGGCCGUUGUCCAAAGCCGGGUUCUAUCUGGCCUUCCAGGACCUUGGGGCUUGCAUGUCGCUCAUCUCAGUGAGGGUUUUUUAUAAGAAGUGCUCCACCACCAUAGCCAACUUUGCAGUUUUUCCAGAGACAGCAACCGGAGCUGAAGCGACAUCCUUGGUCAUUGCCCCUGGAACUUGUGUGCCCAACGCCUUGGAGGUGUCCGUGCCGCUAAAGUUGUACUGCAACGGAGAUGGGGAAUGGAUGGUUCCUGUGGGUGCCUGCACCUGCUCAGCUGGUUUUGAGCCUGCCAUGAAGGAUACUCAAUGUCAAGCUUGCAGCCCUGGAACCUUCAAGUACAAGCAAGGGGAGGGCUUCUGUUUGCCUUGCCCUGCAAACAGCCGUGCCAGCUCUGGAGCGGCAAGCGUUUGCUCCUGUCGAAACGGUUACUACCGAUCGGACACGGACACCCCCGACUCACCCUGCACAACUGUUCCCUCCGCCCCACGCAAUGUCAUCUCCAGUGUGAAUGAAACUUCACUUGUUCUGGAAUGGAGCGAGCCAAGGGAUAUGGGCGGCCGCAAUGACACCUUCUACAACGUCAUCUGCAAGAAGUGCCUGCCCGAGCGGGGAAUGUGCUCUCGCUGCGAUGACAACGUGGACAUCUCGCCGCGCCACCUGGGUCUUACCCUGCGCAGAGUGGCGGUCCGCAACCUGCAAGCCCACACGCAGUACAGCUUUGAGAUUCAGGCCGUCAACGGCGUUUCCAACAAGAGUCCUUACACGCCUCAGUUUUCUACAGUGAACAUCACCACGAAUCAGGCUGCACCAUCUGCAGUACCUACAGUUCACCUGAUGGCGGCCACAGCGAGCACCAUGAGCCUGUCCUGGCUGCCUCCAGAAAAACCCAACGGAAUCAUUCUGGAUUAUGAGAUUAAAUACCAUGAGAAGGUAAGCAGAAAUGAUCAGGGUGAAGCCAUCGCUCAUACAAUGACGGCCCAACGGAGCAAUGCCCGCAUUGAAGGUCUCAAGGCUGGUACGCCUUACGUGGUGCAGGUCCGUGCACGAACAGUGGCCGGUUACGGUCGUUACAGCAGCCCGGCGGACUUCAGCACCAACCUCCAAACUGACCCACCCAAGUUGUGGCAAGAGCAGCUACCCCUCAUCGUAGGAUCAGCUACUGCCGUCUUUGUCUUCAUCAUUGCCGUUGUGGUCAUCGCUAUUGUCUGCCUCAGAAAGCAGAGGAACGGUUCAGAGUCAGAAUAUACAGAGAAACUGCAGCAGUACAAAUCCCCAAUAGUCACUCCGGGAAUGAAGGUCUACAUUGACCCCUUCACCUAUGAGGAUCCCAAUGAAGCCGUGAGGGAGUUUGCCAAAGAGAUUGACGUCUCCUGCGUGAAGAUCGAGGAGGUCAUCGGCGCAGGUAACCCACCAAAGCUCCUGAGCUACAGGGGGAAGACUGCUAGUCACCUCCAGGCCAUACCGUUAGAGGACUUCACACCAAGCGGUACUUUCACUCAAUUCAUCGGAGAGUUUGGAGAGGUGUGCCGUGGUCGCCUCAAGCUGCCUGGCCGCCGCGAGAUCAUCGUUGCCAUCAAGACUCUCAAAGUAGGCUACACUGACCGGCAGAGGAGAGACUUCCUCUCCGAGGCAUCCAUCAUGGGGCAGUUUGACCACCCCAAUAUUAUCCGCUUGGAGGGUGUGGUCACCAAGAGUCGACCAGUGAUGAUUGUGACCGAGUUCAUGGAGAAUGGAGCACUGGACUCGUUCUUAAGGCUCAACGAUGGGCAGUUCACCGUGAUCCAGCUCGUCGGCAUGCUGCGUGGCAUUGCAGCAGGCAUGAAGUACCUGUCGGAUAUGAACUAUGUGCACAGAGACUUGGCUGCCCGUAACAUUCUGGUCAACAGCAACCUGGUGUGCAAAGUGUCCGACUUUGGCCUAUCCCGUUUUCUUGAAGAUGACCCUACGGACCCCACCUAUACGAGCUCACUGUAUUUCAUGCUCACCUACUCAUUCGCAUAUCCACAGGGAGGGAAGAUACCUAUUCGAUGGACCGCACCCGAGGCGAUUGCCUACAGGAAGUUCACCUCAGCGAGCGACGUGUGGAGCUACGGCAUUGUCAUGUGGGAAGUCAUGUCGUACGGAGAGAGGCCGUACUGGGACAUGAGCAAUCAGGACGUGAUAAAUGCCGUGGAGCAGGACUAUCGACUGCCCCCGCCUAUGGACUGCCCCACAGCACUACACCAGCUCAUGUUAGACUGCUGGGUGAAAGAACGCAACCUGCGGCCCAAAUUCACCCAGAUAGUCGCCACCCUGGAUAAACUAAUCCGCAAUGCCGCCAGCCUCAAGGUGGUCACGAACAGCACACAGUCGACCGGGGUAUCCCAACCCUUGCUUGACCGCUGCGUGCCAGACUACACAACUUUCACCACUGUGGGAGACUGGCUGGACGCCAUCAAGAUGAGCCGCUACCACGAGAAUUUCAUCAACGCCGGAUUUGCUUCCUUUGACCUGGUUGCUCAGAUGACAGCAGAGGACUUGCUGCGGAUAGGGGUUACAUUGGCCGGCCACCAGAAGAAGAUUCUAGGUAGCAUUCAGGACAUGAGACUACAGAUGAACCAAACACUUCCUGUCCAGGUGUGACCAAAGGGACACCCAGACCGGUGCAGUCACAGGAUGGCCAGAUAGAGGAAGAAAAUGGGGGAGGAACCAUGCCAGAUGGAGCCAUUGGACAAACCCAAGCUGCCUGACCCAUCUCUGCCCAUUAGAUGCUAUGAAACUGGCUUGCAGUGCCUCGGACUUACUUACUUUUUGUUCCGUUUUUCCACCACUACCACUUCCUGUUUUAUGUUAUUCAUCAUGUACUUCUCAAUUUGUGUGUGUCUACAAGAGGGGUUAGAGUUACCCCCCUUAUCAACCCCACUAUAGCCUCACCAGCUCUGGCGUUGGCUGACGUUUGCAUGACAGUGUGUUUUAGGGAGCUGCCUUUGGUAACUGCAACGUUACAGUUGGAUCCUGAUGCGAGCGCCCCCUUACCUCCAGCCCAAAAAUCCACUUCGGGAAAGAGACAGUUCUGGGAGGUGUUUUACUGCGCACGUGUUGUUCUCCAUCUUCAUAUUGAAGGUGUGUUAUCUAAAAGGGCACUUGCUGAAGGCGGGUGAGGUACGAUGAUGGGCUGAGGUGGAACAUCAGGAUGAUCACUGAGGUCAAACGUUCGUAUAAGGACAGUUGGGACUCUUGUUUGGACUGCAACAUGACCUGAAGGAGGGUUUAUAAGAUCAGGCGCCUUUUUUUUGUCACACAUUUUCAUUUUUGUUCGUCCACAUCAAACAUUUUGCUUUCUUUUUGACUUUCUUACAUUUUGGGAGAUUUGUGGUUCAAAAUGGCUGGUCAAACUGAUGUACCCCAAGUGGACUCUUGCGAGAUGGGGACAUAAGGACUGUGGCAACACCAUAGACAGACCACUAGGCCUUUUUGGUGUGUUUUUGUAUGUGCGUGCGUGUGUGUGUGCGUGUGGGCGUACGUGUAAUUAAGUGUGCUUGGACGUGCACGUGUGUCACGUUGCACACAAGUAUACUGUACAAUACAGCUUCCGCUAUUUGCCACUGUGGAGAAUUAACGCAUGAACUGAACCGUGACAAGGAGCAAUUAUAUCUGAAUUAUGCUAUAUUCUGUGGACAACUGUUAAAAACUUUUUUAUGGACUCACAAGAAGAACUUUGGACAAUAUAUAUGCAUAUAAGGUAUGCAGAGAAACCCAUUGUGGACAACUUUCUACUUACUAGUACCUGGAUUCAGAAAUAAUCAAUUUAUUGUUUAAUUUGUUGACAUCCUUCCCUAUGUAUUUAUUUGUGCCCCAGUCCCUCUGCUACACCCCCCUACCACCAACACCCAGAUGGAGCAUACGACCAUUUGGGAAAGUGGACUUGAAACAAUCAGAUGGAAACCCGAAGAGGAUUUAGCUAAUGAAUUGAUGAUGAUUAAACAAAAUAAAUGCUGUAUACAUUGCAUUUUGUAUUUUUGUUGUUUAUUUUUUUGGAAGAAAGGUGUGUUGAAUAAGUGAAAGAAAUGGUUAUUUGCCAAUGUGAAAUGAUGAGAACGAGAAGCAAAAGUAGGAUCAGCUGGACAAGCAAAGUAGUUAGGUCAAAGAUAGUUAUUAAACCUGCAACCUCCUCCAGCGUAGACUUUUUUUUUGGCAUAACUCAAAAACACCCGUCAAACUACUUACGUGGUUAACUCGCCCCAACUUAUUUUAUGUGGACUGUUAAGCAUACACUUAAUAGGAGCUCUCGUCAAACUCCAUUAUAUCAACUGCCCCAUUUCCCAACCUUCUGUUUACUUCCUGUACAAGAUGAUCUUCAUGAAAGAAUCCGGAGCUGUCAAAAGAGAAACCAUUGGUCUUGUCUGUCAGGUCCAUUAACGCUUCCAACCGGUCUGACUUUGCAGGGAUGAAGUGAAUGCAGACAUAUGGCAGGCUGCCCUAUCAUUAUUUCUCUUCAUUUCCUGUCUGGGCCUGCAAUCAUCCUGUCUCGGCUCAUCGUUCUGCAUUAUUAGAACCGUGCGGGAUCAACAGCCCUGGCAAACGCACCACCCAAACCUGCAGGCUCCAUCUUACUAAAUAAUUCUGCUUUAUACAGCCUGCACGGUGGAUUAGAAGUUGGUGCUGUCAACUUUCAUGCAGUCUGUGAUCUUUAGGUUGAACAGCAUGUGAAUACGAGUAGUUAGAGUGUUUUGAUAUUGUCAUGUUGGUCUAUUUCAUUCCUGUAAAGCCCAAUGAACAACGACAGUGAACUCAUGCAAGACCACAGUGCGGUUCCUAUUUUACAGUACUUCAUCUUUGCCCAUACUUUGCCACGAGUGCGCUUGGAGGCUUAGCUGCCUUUAGAAUUAUGGUGCACAAUGAAGUUAUAUUAUCAGCAGACGAUACUCUACCACUCAAUUGGCCCUGUGUUGUAAAUAUAAACCCAGUAAACAGUCCAGUCCAGUUCAGUUCAUUUAUAAUGGUUGCGUUUCAAAUGACUGAUCCAUGUCAAACCAGUUUUUAGCACAAUCUUUUCCAGGUACUAACUGCAGGGGCACACCCGUAGGGUAGUCUGAUGCAAACUGCAAUCCACUGAUGGUUGACAGAAAGUAACUCAUAAAAAACAAUGGAAAAAGAAUAGGAACCCAAAUUGUAUCUUUUCUCUGACAACGCUUGUUCUCAUGUACUAAAUAGCAGUCAAGCAAGUCAGUGUUUUGCAAGUCUCAAGUCUUUAACCUCGAGUCUCAAAUUAAGUCUCAAUUAAAAGACAUGCAAGUCAGGUCGACCCAAGUCCAAAGUCAUAGGCGUGACAUUUUUGAGUCCGUACAUAAAAAUGAAAGCAUUUCGAAUUGUUUUAUUUUUUAAAUAAACAAGAGCCGUGUGACAACACUGAAUGGCUAUCCGCACGGAAACGUUUUCAGGUCAAAACGGCACAAGUAUUUUAUGGUUUCAGCCUCUCACCCACACGGGAACGGCGUUCUGGGUGACCUGAAACUGUAUUUUAAAAAAAAAAAACUUCCACAGCGGGAAAAUCUGAGAACACUUGUUGUUGGCGUGUAUACAGGCAGUACAAAAACAAUGACGUCAACGACUCACCGCCGCCUCGUCGCCAUCACGUGACCAGAAGUGAGCUUUCAUGACAAACCAACAUAAUAUCUGAACAUUUCCAAGGACAUGACAUGGCAGAUGAACUGAACUGUUGCGGUGGCAACAUGGUUAUAUUACCAAACAAGAUACAGUUGACAAGAGUUAACUGGGCAGAAGAAAACAUGUGUGCUAUACACAUGGCUUCUGAAGUUGUGCAAACUCAUUUCAUCCCGAGCGCUAAGAAUAUGACGAGCCCAGUGUUGCACAUCUUAGAACUAUUAAAUUGCUUCCACUUUGACCACAGGCCCUUUGGAGUGGAUUACCCACAUAGUCAGUGCUUGUAAUAUUAAACAUUACAAAGCAGAAAAGAACAUUUACAUUUUUGGUCCGAGCUGCUGACACUGAAAUGGACUGUUAUGUUUGUGUGUCUGUGAGAGUUUAUCCCUGAAAAUGGCUUCCCUUAUUUGGAUCUUUUGUUCACCCUCUGUUCUACAGCAUACUAUUACCCCUCAUCUUUCGUUGUGUGUUGCAUCAUUUAACACUUACAACCAAAUGUGCCACAAAUCUUUCUACUUUUGAUUUUUAGAUUCUGUGCUGUUGUGUCUGUUUUAAACACGUGUAUUUUGUUUGCUCUUCCACUAUCUCACUUCACAUCUUUUGUUGGAAAAUAACCACUUCUUGACGUAAAGUGGGAUGUGUUAGGUACAACAUGGGAAGAUGCGGUAUACAGUCGCCCCUCGUUUAUAGCGGUUAACUGGUUCCACAGCCGACCACGAUAAUGGCAUUUCUGCAAUAUCUGAUGAAAUGUUAAUAAAUGGCCUAUUUUCGCAGUUACAGCAAAACAACUGUUUAUGAUUUUAUAAAUACGUUUAAUAACACCACUAUAGUCACCAAUACACUCCUAUUAUUCAUAGUUUACACCGGAUUGCACAACUAUUAUGCUACAGGGACUCUGACGGCCGCUAGCUGGCUAGCAAGCCAGCGAGCUAACCAGUUAGCCUCAAAUGUAUUUCUUCUAAACUUAAGGGUUUCAAAUGGAGUGGGGAAGAAGGCACAAACUUACCACAUUCACACGGAAUGGGAGGAGAACCUUUUUUCACUCUGCAUCCGUGGCUGGCUACAUGCCGUGCAAGGUAGGGUAAUAAGGAUGGAUGUCUUGUAGCAUUACUGUUGCCUAAUUCUGGCCAGAAUACUACAUGUCACUUGCAUUUCAAUAUGUUUUGAGUAAGAAUAAACCAUAGUCUACCACGAAACAGCGAUCAUUAAUUAAUUUCUGAAAAAAACACGACAUAACGAGGGAGUGAUAAUCGAACCGCGAUAUUGCGAGGGACGACUGUACUAUAGCUGGAGAUGCAAUUGUUAAAUUCUCUUUGAGAAGUAUUGAAAUGUAUUUAAAUGUUGCAAACAUACACAACUUAUGACUUUUAAAAAAGUUUUUAAAAAAAGA